UCUCUUCUCCCCCUCCCCCCCCCUCUGCUCGGUCAGACUGUUCCCCUCUUCCCCCCCUCUCCUUUCCAAGUGACUCCCAUUUCAAGGGGCAUUCGUCAUUCGCUGUAUAUAAAAACCCUUCAUUUCCACCGUUCAGUCUAUCCGACACUCAACCCACUCUCUCCUUCGCACUCGCUCAAAUGGCCCCUCUUGCAAAAGUCUUCGUUGUCUUUGCCCUGGCUAUGUUCGCCAGUGCACUCACCAGCCCCCAUAUCUCCCACAACAUUCAUCAGCACCGUGCACUUGGGCUGCAGAAGCCUACUCCAGAGCCCGCCCGCCCUGUGUCGGCUUUCAGGCGCGAACGCUCUCUGAACAAGCGUUGCUCCUCUAAACCUUCCACCAAUGGGACGGCUGUCGCCGCAACCUCCGCUUCUGCCACGCCUUCUGCUGUGCCAGUGAACGUCGCACCAAACCCAGCUACCUCUUCAUCGUCCCCGUCCCCGUCGCCUACCCCCGCCCAGGAGAAGGACAACACUCCCACGUCUUCCCCCACUCCUACGUCUACCCCUGCUGUCCUGGAGAAAACCACGCCUACUCCCACAACCACAUCCUCCGCUGCCGCUGCUACUUCUAGUACUUCUGAUAGCAGCAGUUACCCGAGCUGGAUGGUCGGCACUCAAUCGGGUCAAGGCACGUACUAUGAAACUGGACUUGGUGCCUGUGGUAUCACCAACACUGAUAGUCAACUCAUCGCGGCUGUUUCGUGGGAACUGUUUGACGCCUAUCCUGGAUACGAUGGUGUAAACCCGAACACAAACCCCGUUUGUGGCAAGCAGGUUACGGCUUCCUAUCAAGGAAAGAGCACGACUGUAACUAUCACUGACAGGUGCACUGGCUGUUCACUCACGGAUUUGGACUUCUCUCCCACUGCGUUCUCUGACCUUGCCUCCGAGUCUGUUGGGCGCAUCGACAUCUCCUGGGUUUGGUCCUAGACGCAAUAAUCCCAGCGCCACUUAACGGCAAACUCGGCCGGUCCCACUCCAUCAUUUUUUUUUUUCUCUUAAGUUAUUACAUACUUGAACCCAACCCGACGCUGGCACCCUCUACCGAGUAGAGAAGUUACAAAUCGUCAUCCCAUGACCCCCAUGCUUGAUCGCAUGGCUACGACUCCUCAUAGUAGCAGGAUUGACUGUAGUUGACUGGGCCAAUGUCACCCCCUUGAAGGGGGUUUCGGUAAAAUUAUGUCAAUAGUGAAACUGGAAUGAAAUGGAAUUACAAUAGCCUCCUUAUAUCGACCGUGUUUGCCAGAUGCUACUAACCAGAGAAGUAACAUGGUUAGCCUGAUCCGAACCUGGCCUUGCCUUCAUUU